AUGGCGUUACCAGAUCACAUCAACAGGUCGUCGACUGUGCGUACCAGAUGGGGGUCAGGUGAUCGGAAGUCCUUUGUGCUGGGCGCGUACUCUCAUGGCAACUUUGGCGGCAUCACCAUGAAGACCCAACAACUUGCUGAGGUGACCAAGUUUGUAAAUGCCGUUCUACGACGACAACUUCCACAAGGAACUUGGUCCAGCAUCAUGAUCUCCUUCAACUGCCCAGCUAUGCCUCACCGUGACUUCCAUAAUCUCAAGGGCACCACCAACUACCUGCUGGGCCUUGGAACCUACUCGCGAGGAGGCCUUUGGAUUGAAGGAAGACAUCCUGUACUACCAGCUCAACGACGAAAGACGCCCGAUGGUCGACUUCGUGAAGGAUAUGUUCUGCCUACGUAUCACCGACUCGUUGCCUUUGACCCUGAUGGAUGGCAUGCUUCUGAAGGGUGGCAAGGCUUCCGCAUUGCAGUGUCAGCCUACACUACGCGAAAGGUGGUUGAUUUGACUGAGGAUGAGCGACGGCGUCUACGGCAACUCGGCUUUCCUUUGUCAUCAACUUCAUCUACUACCACAAUGGCCUUGAAUGCGGCGGAAGCCCCGGAUAUGGUCCUUCCCGAUGGAGUGACGGCGGUGGAGUACAAGAACUGGGAAGCUCAGGUGGCAAAGUUUCACAAGGCAGCGGGCCAUCCUACCAACCGCAACCUUGGACGAAUAGUACAGGAAGCGGGGCAUCCUCCAUGGAAGGUUUCAGUGGCCCUGAACCACGUUUGCCCGGCAUGCCAGAGUUUGAAGCAAGGUGGAACCAGCUCUGGACAGAUACCACCGGCAUCUACGCACCAACAAUAUGCUGCUUGGGAGGCCGUUGGGAUUGACAUCGGUGGGGUUGUUCCCUCCUUGCGUGUGAAGGUCAAGUUUGCAGUGUUUGUGGAUAUGGCAACCAAACUACGAGUUGUGCAUCCUCUACAGAAGUACGAGUUGCUGGAGAUGAAGGCCGAGAGCACCAAGGACAUCAUCGCCUCCUUCUCUGAGCGAUGGUUGUCGUGCUUUCCAAAGCCGAAGGUGAUUCUACUAGACUCUGCGAAGAGUCUAUCAUCAGAGGCUAUGCAUGAUUUUGCCUCCAACAUCAACGUUCUGGUUCAUUUGGUGGCAGAGAAGGAACACUGGGCUCAUGGAACCAUUGAGGCGGCAGUUCAGGACAUCAAACACACCGCCUCGGCGAUCCAGCUGGAGAGUUUGGAACAAGAUCCCUUCGUCACCCUCUACUUGGCGACGUCUGCUCUCAACAGCACGGAGUAUACGGCGGGCUACUCCUCAUUCCAAUGGGCGUUCGGGAAGAAGUACAGUUUGAGUGAUGAAGAUGUGCGAACAUUCCACAACAUUGGUUCUGAUGUGGACUACGUCAAGUUGGUUACGGCGAGACAGGAAGCAGAGACUGUGGCACAGAAGACACGAGCAAAAAGAGUGUUGUCCAAGCUGGGCAACACCACUGUGCGACAACCUUUGCGAACCUACAGCCCUCUCGACCUUGUCAAGGUCUGGCGGAAAGUUUGGCCAAAAGAACUACACGUUGGACCACGCGGAGGCUAUCGAAAAUCUGGACGGCCACACUGGAUAGGCCUGGGAGAGUGGUGUUUACGGAAGUCCUACCACAUCAACAACCAGGCGAUCAACGACGACAUACCUGUGACGGAGACCGAAAAGUUCCAGUACGAGAGCGCUGGCGUGGACCAGCCCUUCGAGUGGAAGUCCUUGGAUGACUUCCUCCCCAGCAAGGAGUAUCACGACUUGAUCGACUACGAGCCAGGAGAAGAUGAAGUUGAAGUUCCUGACCUACCUCCUGAACCCGAUCGAACUACUGUUGUCAACCCGCCAACAAGACGCGUUCGACAAAAGACACGACCACCUGAACCAAUCAUCAGCGAUGAGGAAACACCAGGUGCGGCAUCGACCUCUACAUCUACGAAGCAUCCUCAAGACGUAAAUGACUACAACACCCCGGAACCCAAAAAGCUCAAGACUGGUGUCGCAAACGAUGGCGACUUGGACUGGGUUGAGAUGCUACAUGCCGAAGCUGAGCAAGAAGCUCAGACCAUGGAUGUUUUCACGGCCAUGGACGAUACCGAGGAGUUCCUAAAGAUUGAGUUUGACAUUGGUGGUGAUAUGUCGAAUAGACAGCGGUAA